AUGGACAACAACGGCAACAGGUUGUACCUAAACUUUGGGAACAACAAUGAGCGGCUGGCCACUACAGACCGUACAUAUCCCACCACCCCGUCGACCUUUCCCCAGCCUGUCUUUCAGGCGGGCCCCUCGAGCCAGCCCCCUCUUCCUACAAGUGCUGGCGCCCAGCCAACUCAAAGCUAUCCUGCAGGCUAUGCCUCUUCGACAAACUACUAUGUUCCACCGCAACAGCAGCAGCAGCAGCAGCAGCAGCAGCAACAACAGCAACAACAGCAACAGCAGCAGCAGCAGCAGCAGCAGCAGCAGCAACAACAACAGCCACAGCAAGUACCGCAACAGCAGCAGAGCCCGUAUGCCCCCCAAUACUCGUCGAUGCUGUCUGCCCAAGUUGCCGACUACAACUCUGGCGGUCAGGGCUACCAGCAGCCUCGGUCAAACACGCCUGGCACCAGCAAUGACCCGAAUACCGGUCUCGCCCAGCAGUUCUCACACCAGCAUCUGGGCGGCGCGCAGAACCUAGGUGCCCCCCCACAAGGUGGCGCUCGGAACUAUAGCUCUCGCGGCCCGUCUCCGGCGCAGCGGCCACGCACGGCGGGCUCGCAGAACAAUCAGCAAGCUGGUUACGGUAACUACCUGAAUGCGCCUAUGCCGGCACCACCAGCUCCUCCCCCUCAACUAGAGUUUGCUCCGGCCCCGGAGCGGAACCCCGACAAGUACGGCCCCAACGCCAACAAUAACCAGAAGAAGUGUUCCCAGCUGGCUUCGGACUUCUUCAAGGAUAGUGUUAAGCGAGCCAGAGAACGGAACCAGAGACAGAGCGAGAUGGAGCUGAAACUGGGAGAGAACACCGAUCCCCGCCGUCGCGAAUCUAUCUGGGCGACCGGAGGCAGGAAAGAAGGCUCCUACUUGCGCUUCCUAAGAACCAAGGACAAGCCGGAGAACUAUUCAACCGUCAAGAUUAUCGGCAAGGGAGCAUUUGGCGAAGUCAAGCUAGUGCAGAAAAAGGCGGACGGAAAGGUUUACGCCAUGAAGUCCCUGAUCAAGACGGAAAUGUUCAAGAAGGAUCAACUCGCCCACGUCCGAGCAGAGCGCGACAUCCUGGCAGAAUCCGACAGCCCCUGGGUCGUCAAGCUGUACACAACGUUCCAGGACGUGAACUUUUUGUACAUGCUCAUGGAGUUUCUACCCGGUGGCGAUCUGAUGACGAUGUUGAUCAAGUACGAGAUUUUCUCGGAGGAUAUCACGCGGUUUUACGUAGCCGAGAUUGUUCUGGCUAUUGAGGCAGUCCAUAAGUUGGGCUUCAUUCACCGGGACAUUAAACCGGACAACAUCCUCCUGGAUAGGGGUGGUCAUGUCAAGCUGACCGACUUUGGUCUCUCUACCGGCUUCCACAAGUUGCACGAUAAUAACUACUACCAACAGCUUCUCCAGGGAAAGUCAAAUAAGCCGCGCGACAACCGGCACUCGAUUGCCAUUGACCAGAUUAACUUGACCGUUAGCAAUCGGGCACAGAUCAAUGACUGGAGACGCUCCAGGCGACUGAUGGCUUACUCUACCGUCGGAACUCCUGACUAUAUUGCUCCCGAGAUUUUUACGGGCCAUGGGUAUUCGUUUGACUGUGAUUGGUGGUCUCUCGGGACCAUCAUGUUUGAAUGUUUGGUCGGCUGGCCUCCUUUCUGUGCCGAGGACAGCCAUGACACCUACCGGAAGAUCGUCAACUGGAGGCAGUCUCUCUACUUUCCGGAUGACAUCCAGCUCGGCGUUGAGGCCGAGAACUUGAUUCGAAGCCUUAUCUGCAACUCUGAGAAUCGUCUCGGCCGGAGUGGGGCGCACGAGAUCAAGGGUCAUUCCUUCUUCCGUGGCGUGGAAUUCGAUAGCCUGCGUCGAAUCCGUGCGCCGUUUGAGCCGCGCCUGACCUCGGCCACCGAUACCACAUACUUCCCCAUCGAUGAGAUCGACCAGACAGACAAUGCCACCCUGCUCAAGGCCGCGCAAGUCGCUAGGACCGCAGCCGGCAGUGUGCCAGGCCAGACGGAGGAGAGUCCCGAGAUGAGCUUGCCGUUUAUCGGGUACACGUUCAAGCGGUUUGAUAACAACUUCCGAUGA